AUGCAAGAGCCCCAUGCUAAAGAACCGAGGCGCGCAGACAAGGCAGAGCAGAAAGAACGCCGCGAGUCCAAACCACCACCACCGGAGUCGACGCUGCCGCGAGAUGAGGCGUCUCUGAGGAGCAGCAAGGCUCCCACCCCUCCCGCAGGUGCCCUUCCACGCGCCACGUCAGCACCUGUGGGUGCUUCUUCUGCGCCUCCGAAGAAGGAGAAGCCUGCCGCUGCAAAGCCAGGCAGUAAGAGCCUGGCCGAGCUUGUGAGGGAUACGGAUCUGGAGCCUGACGAGGAGGUUGCUAGGUAUGGCGAGAUGAAGGAUUAUGUUGAGGCUAUGGCCAAAAAUCGCGUUCCUGAGAAGGGCGAUGCUGCUGAGGGUGGGAAGGAGCUGAAAGGCAGCAGCAGCGGUGCUUUUCUUGGGAGGGAGGGUCACGCCAUUCCAGAUGAGGGGAUCUUUGGUGGAGAGAAGAAGCGGGAGGAGUCUCGCGAGGGCGAGUACGGAUACGACUCUCGCGGAACAGCUGCAGGCGCCGAGCAAGAAUAUGGUGGCCAAGGGCGCGGAUAUGGUGAAGAACGUGAGACGGAGGAAGAGAAGAUGCGCAAGGAGUACGAGGGGCACAAGCGCGGAGAGCGCAUCGGUGAGGCGAUUGCAGCCGGUGCUGCAGCGUAUGCGGGGCACGAACGCCACGAGAAAAAGGACGACGAGAAGGAUAUGAAGGGGAGGCAGAGGGAGGCGGAGGGUGGCCACAAGAAGCAUGGCUGGUUUGGCUAG